UUCUGCCUCCUCUCCUUGGCUUCUUCCACCACCACCACUCCUCCACCCUCCACCGCCCUCACGGCCUCCCAAGUCCUCAAAACCCGCGGCUACCACCUGUUCGGAUCCCUUAUCGCCUCUGCCGCCGCCAGUACCGACUCUUGGAAUGGUACCGGCACCGUCUUCGCCCCACCCGACUUCGCAUUCUCCUCCACCACCGCCAAAUUUAACAACUAUGGCCGCUCUCCGCCUCCCCGCCCCUCCAUCUCCCUCCUCCUCUCCCACACCCUCAAACAACCCCUCACCUGGAACAACCUCACCGCCUUCGCCGACGCCCACGAACUCCGUACCUGGAAAACCAAUCGCUGCCUCUUCGUCUCCAAGGGCUUCAACGGCGAUCUCGCCCUCGCCGGAUCCAAGAAACCAAUCUCCGCCGUCCAAAUCCGCCAGCCUGAUCUCUACCUGAAUGAUCGUCUCACCAUCCACGGCGUGGACGGCGUACUGGACCCUAACUCUGUGUCCAAGUGCAUGUUUCCUGAUCAAACGCUUCUGAUCAAACCUGGAGGAGUCGAUCCAUCUCCAUCUCAAUCUCAAUCGCCUCUUGAUCAUGCGGUUAAGGCUUUGAGCAAGAGAGGAUUCAGUAUGGUCGCGACCGCAAUGGCCGUGAAACGGUCCGAGUUGAUCAAUCUGGACGCCAUAACCGUAUUCGCUCCAUCAGAUUCGAGUUUGCUCUCCGAAUCUAAUGGAUUCCGAUUCGAUUUCCUUCGCCACGUUGUGCCGGGACGAUUUCUAUUCAACGACAUUGCGAGACUCUUGGCAGGAACAACGAUGGAGACACUAUCUCCUCACAAGACGGUGGUUAUUGGAUCGGCGAACGGCGUCGUCACUGUCAACGGCGUUGCGAUUCACAGUUCGGAGCUUCCAUGGCGGAGGAGGGUUUGUAGCGAAAUGGCUCUUCCACGGUUGAUGAUCUCUCUGUUGUUGUUGUUGUUGUUGUUGUUAUUCAUACCUUGUUUUGUGUCCGAAUCGAUAGGGUACAAACCACAAGAAGAAGAAGGGGAAGAGUUCUCAGAGGAAUUAUUGUUGAAGCCAUUGCCGGAUCGCAAGGUUCUAGCCCAUUUUCACUUCUAA